GGCAUUGUGUUUAUGGAUGUAUCUUUCAAGUGUUUAAUAGCAGCAGCAGCAGAGGUGACAGCAAUGUUUGCAUUUGGAGACUCAUUAACGGAUAACGGAAAUAACAAUUACCUCAAUUCUCUUGCAAAAGCCAACUACGUACCAUAUGGUGUUGAUUUUUAUCAAGGUCUUCCUUCUGGUCGUUUCAGUAAUGGCAAAACCAUCAUCGACUAUCUUGGAGAUCUGUUGGGACUUCCACUUCUUCCGGCCUAUGCAAGUCCUGAUGCUACAGGAAGAAGCAUUAUGCAAGGAGUGAACUAUGCUUCAGCUUCAGCAGGCAUUCUUGACGAAACGGGAAGGAAUCUGGGUGAACGAUUCAGCUUUAGGCAGCAAGUUGAGAACUUUGCAAGCAACCUGAAUCAACUAAAGAAUGAAAUGGAAGGGGAGCAGCUGAGCCAAUACCUGAGGAAAUCAUUAGCAGUUCUAAUCCUGGGAAGCAAUGAUUACAUCAAUAAUUAUUUGCUAACUCCUUUAUAUCCUACUCGCUAUAUAUACACACCCACAAGCUAUACAGAUCUUCUGAUACAGCAAUACGCUAUGCAAAUCUCAGCACUGUAUAGUUUAGGACUCACAAAGUUCUUCAUAGCAGGGAUUGGGCCCCUAGGCUGCAUUCCUAAUCAACUAGCGACCAAUUCUGCUCCACCUGGAACAUGUGCAUCAUUCGCAAAUGACUUGGCAGUCAUGUUUAACACACAACUCAGAUCUCUAGUCAUUCAACUUCACAAAAAUUAUACUGAUGCCGUGUUUAUUUAUGGGAACACCUACAGUGCUGUCACUGACAUAUUAAACAACCCCAAUACCUACGGAUUCACAGUUACUGAUAGAGGGUGUUGUGGUAUUGGAAGAAAUCAAGGUCAGAUAACGUGCCUUCCAUUUUCAGCCCCAUGCAUCAACAGAGACCAACAUGUUUUUUGGGAUGCCUUCCAUCCUACCCAAGCAGUAAAUCGAAUUCUAGCUGAAAAGGCAUACAAUGGUCCAACAUCUGAUUGCUAUCCGAUGAAUGUCAAACAAUUGGCAGAAUUAUAA